ACCUGCCACCGGGGUAUAUGGACGCGGAGUUGGGGGAGGACGCGCUGCAGGAAGUGUACUCCUGGAUUGACCAGAUCCCGUUGUCCAGAGCGAAGCGCAACAUCGCCAGAGACUUCAGUGACGGAGUAAUGGCAGCUGAAGUCGUGAAGCACUUUUUGCCAAAGGUAGUGGAAAUGCACAACUAUAUUCCUGCAAAUUCUUCUGAACAAAAGCUGACCAAUUGGGUGACAUUAAACAGGAAGGUAUUUUCCAAAUUACAAUUUCGUGUUCCAGAAGAAGUGGUAAAAAAGUUGGUUAAGAGUUCUUCGGGAAUUAUUGAGCCGGUUUUGUACACCCUGAAGCAGAGGAUUGAAGAAGAACUACAUAGAAAACAAGCUGUGGAAGGUUUCAGCAAUAGAAGUGACCAGACCCUUCCAGAUCAGACACAUCUCUUAAUGCAUUCAUUUGAGAAGAAAGGCCAGGCUUACCAGGGAGAGUUGGGUCACAAUCCAAGGUCAGGUUACGAGGAGUACUCUGCAUUAGAUCCUAAAAUUCGUCUGCUGUUAGAGGAAAAAGAACAAGCUUUGCUAGCCCUUCAGGAAACGGUGGAGAUCUUGCAGAUGAAAGUGCACAGACUUGAGCAUCUGGUACAGCUGAAAGACCUGCGAAUUGAUGACCUGACAAGGCAUUUGGAAAAGCAGAAAUCAAAAGGAAAUGCAAAAUGACUUUGACCAAAAACGGAAA